AUGCAAAGGGGUAAAACAAUGGGUGGUUCCAGCGCAUUAAACUAUAUGGUCUACAUGAGAGGAAACAAAAGAGAUUAUGAUGCAUGGGCAGAACUAGGAAACCUUGGGUGGAGUUACCGGGAGGUCUUACCAUACUUCAAGAAGUCAGAAAAUAACCAAGAUAUCGAAUCUCGGGAUAAAUAUUUUCAUUCCACUAGAGGGCCACUAAACGUUGAAAGAUUCCCGUACAUAGAUAUCAAUACUAUGAUGUUGGUUGAAGCUUUCAAAGAAAAGGAUCUUCCAUUAACAGAUUUUAAUGCUGAAAACCAAUUGGGAACUGAUAUAGCUCAAUCUACAUCUAAAGAGGGCCGUAGGAUGUCUACAAACGUGGCUUUUAUUAGACCCAUACGUCACAAGCGGCCAAAUUUGAAGGUUGUCAGUGAAGCUUUUGUAACAAAAAUAUUGACUAAUCCAAUUAGCAAAACAGCUUUUGGGGUACAAUAUUUCAAAAACGGCCUGUUAUUCACGGUACAUGCCAAAAAAGAAAUCAUUGUUAGUAGUGGUGCUAUAAAUUCGCCCAAGUUACUAAUGUUAUCAGGAAUCGGACCUAAAUUUCAUCUAGAAAGCCUAAAUAUUCCAGUUAUUUCAGAUUUAGACGUGGGUCAUAACCUUCAAGAUCAUGUAACAACAGAUGCUCUGGUGCUAGCUUUAUCUAACAAAACGUCUACGAUGGUUAACGGACGGCAACUUGUUAAUGAAAUAUACGACUAUUACUCACAGCAUCCAAGGAAAAAUGGUCCAUUAGCAGCCACCGGGACCCUGAGCGGCACAGCUUUUAUAAAAACCCAAUUUUCAUAUGACCAAGCACCAGAUAUUCAAUUUCAUUUUGACGGUCGAAACUUUAAAGAGUUUUAUUCUGAUCCUACGACAUAUUUAGCAACGAAUAUAUUCCCUCUAUCAUUUUACGACAGCUUGUCAGCUAGGCCGCUGUUACUAACCCCAAAAAGCAGAGGGUACAUACUUUUAAAUCAAACAGAUCCAGUAUUCGGACCACCUUUGAUUUAUUCAAAAUUCUUUACGGUCAGAGAAGAUUUAGAUGUCCUAAUAGCUGGUUUAAGAUUCGCUGUAAGCUUAGAAAAUACAGAAGCAUUCAAAAUCAGCGGUGCAAGCUAUGUAAAAAUACCUGUACAAGCGUGCUCUGGGUUUGACUGGGGCUCAGAUGAAUAUUUUACUUGUCUAUUAACGCAUUACACUUCAACUAUAUUCCAUCCAGUCGGUACGUGUAAAAUGGGUCCUAAAUGGGAUAGAGAAGCAGUUGUUGAUCCGAGAUUGAAAGUAUACGGUAUAAGAAAUUUAAGAGUCGUUGAUGCUUCGAUUAUGCCAUUGAUUGUUAGAGGUAAUACAAAUGCACCAACUAUCAUGAUAGCUGAAAAAGCAUGCGAUAUGAUAAAGGAAGAAUGGUUGACGUAA